GCAGUCUUGUAGUGUAGUGCAGCAUUCCUCUUCGAAGCUUCGUUGUUUUUGCACGUGUCUGUAACAGAAAGGUCGAUCAAUGUUAAUAUAUGAUUUCUCAAUAUCAACCAACAGAGAUCAUCAGCAGAGUGUUUCCAUCCAACUAUCCUUCAAUAUCUGGUUGUUAGUUUGAAAUGGCGGUGAUUGGUUGUUCCAUUCGGCGUGCUGACAUUUCGCCCAAUCAGAUUCGUCGCUGUGUGGGUGAGUGCACAGACUUGUAGCGUCGUGCAGCAUUCCUCUUCGAAGCAUCGUCCGUUUUGCACGCUUCUACAGCAGAAUUAUCAACCAAUGCCAGUAUGCCAACAAUCUACCUACUAUACUACUCUAUAACAUCAAUCUGCUAAGGAGACCAUUUGCCGAGGAGACCAUUUGCCGAGGGGACCAUUUGCUGAGGAGACCAUCCGCUGGGUGUUUUCGUCUACCUUUCUUCCAAUAGCUGCUCACCGGUUCGACAAUUCUGGUGACAUUAGUUCUAAUGGUCCUGGCGGUGGCUUCGUCCCAGGACUACAGUCAGCUGUUCGCAGGGUUCGGACCGUAUUUGGGUCAAACUUCUGCGAUGAGAGAUCCGAGAUCGAACAGAGGUCCAGUGUUGUUCCCACCGGGUCCGCCGCCAAACAAUGCGGACACGAGCGGAGUAGUAGUGGGCGCAAGUGGAUAUGGAUUCGUGCCACCUAACCCAGCUUUUUACAGGUACUUUUACUACAAAUAGGGGGUAACAAAGGGUAGAUGAGCAUCUAUUUGCGGCAGCUGCGUCACCUACGGACCUACAGCAUCGCAAAGUGUCCUCCUGAAGAUUUGUUAAGAAUCUUCGUCGAAAAGUCGCAAAAUCCAUCAGUGGAUCAAUUUAGGAAACAAGAAUUUUGCACUCGUUUUUGUGUAUGCUUCAAGUGCGAAUAACAGAACGUAUACGAACAGAAAUAUCUAAUUAAUAUAUAUGUUAUUAAUAUUCAAGGCGUCUCGUAAAUGGUGGUAUCAACUAAAAGACAGCAUCUAUAAAAAUUUAAAAAAUUGACUUCCUUGAAGGGAAAUAUUCUACGGAAGAAAAUUUGAUUACAGGUUUUCCAUUUAUUUUGUCCUUUUAUGUUUUUACAACCAGCUGCAUGAUACCUCGUACAGGUUUACGAUACUGUAAUCAGUAUUACUAAACAGGAUUACAGCGAAACCUCAGUUCGCACAUUAAACGCCGCAGUGAAAAUGGACGUAUACAGUAAGAUAGAUUACCAUAAUGUUUAAUUUAUCUAUUAAGACUCACAAAGUAUUGAAAAUUGUUCACCGAUUUAUCAAUUUUUAAUUAUUCAAUGCCAAUGACUCCAUGGCCACCGAAGUGUCCAUUACCUCUGAAAUUGUGCAAUCCCCGCGAUGAACUUGAAAAUACCUUUCAAUCUCACUCGAUUAUUCUCCUCGCAAUAAUAGAAAUCGAUGAACUUAACACAAAUACGGAUUCACGUUCACACUUUGCUUAGAUCUGAAACUUUCUGUUGUAAGUCACGUAACACGGUCGAUUAUGAAAUACGAUCUGUGCAAAGACCAGUCGAUCGAGUGACAACCGAGAAAUCAAGCAUCGAUCAUACUUGUACCAUUAAUUGAUCGUGGAUCCUGUUAACAGAUUCAUUGUGUUGAUUUCAACGAUUUCCUGAGCCGAGUAUGAAAUCAUUCUGAUACGAUUAUUGAUGUAUUACGUCAUACCUCGAUCGAUCGAUCGAUUCGUUACACAGUCAGGUUAGUCAUGGCUGCACUUGAAAACGGGAUGCGAAAAGCGGGGGCGGUGAAAUAACAGAACGGUUAAUCAAGCACCGUUCACCGGUCACGGUUAAUCAACGUAGAUCUAAUAGUGUAAUAUCGGCAGUUGUACAUAUACCAUAUAUACUGGCGCAAUAAACUUUAUUUGUUGUUGAACCCAA